AUGUCUGACCAGGAGGAAGUCGUCUCGGACGGCGGCUAUGAUACUCCAGUCCCUGAGCUGGAUGAUCACCGCCGUCAGACACCGUCAGUCCAGCGAGGAGACCGUCCGCGUCGGGGUACUUUCGAUUCCCUCUACGGUGGACGGCACCAGGAAGCCGAGGGUGUUCAUGGCAAUGACUUUCACCCUUCGGUCCGUGUACGCGAUUUCGAGGAGGCCGUCGUGGAUGAUGAGCCUGGCGAUGUCUCUCCAACCGCUCGCCGCAGCCGGCGACCAACUGUUGAUACGAUGGCCGACCCACGGUCCAUCUCCCCACCGAACUCCGUCAAAGCAUUCGCGGAGGCUCGUCGACGGGAGCGAGAGAUGUCGUUCUCUGAGACCCGGAAGCCCGAGGAUUUUGAGCUGCACCGUACCUUGUCCGUGAAUAGUCGUCACAGCCAUCGCAGCAAGCCUCGUACAGUGUCCGAUAGCGACUCGGCAAGUCUGGCUACCAACAAAUCGGCCGAGGAGGAUGUUUGCUUUCCCAUGCAAGACGAGCAUCGAAAGGACACCCUUUAUAUCGACUUUGAUUAUCUCGAAGACUUCAUCAGAUCCGAGGAAGAGAGUCAACAACUAGCUGAGAGGCGUCCGUCCGCCGUCAGGGUCUUCCCUGACCUACGCCCACAGUCUUCAACGGCAACUGUCGAGCCGCUUGGCCAGGUUAUGACAUCAGAUGGGGACAUCAUUGAGAUGCCUUCCGACGCUUCAAUGCAGAAUGAGAAGCAAGAGCAGGUGGAGCAUGCCCCUGAGCCACACAAGAACAUCCCGCAGCAUGAUCCAAAUCGGUUCGGCUUCUUCUCAUCCGCUUGGGAGUCAACCAUCCAUGCUGCUGAACUGGGAGAUCUUGUCCUUCCCGGAGAAGAUAUCCGUGGUCUUUUCUCCUUCCCAAAGGGAGAUACUGACGGCGUGUGGUGGCUGAAUGUCAACAGCCCGACUGAGGACGAAGUUCGCGCCAUCUGCAAAGCAUUCGGUGUUCAUCCCCUGACAAUUGAAGAUAUCACCACUCAGGAGUCCCGGGAGAAGAUUGAGCUCUUUCCAUCCUACUACUUUGCCUGUUUUAGAUCAUUCAAUGUUGUGCUGGAGGACGGUGAGCCCGAUUAUGAACCAUUCAAUAUCUACGUGGUCGUUUUCCGCGAGGGAACUCUGAGCUUCAGCUUUGCUCCUAACGCGCACGCAUCCCAUGUUCGCCGCAGGAUUGCGAUGCUCAAGGAUUACGUGGCUCUAAGCAGCGACUGGAUCUGCUAUGCUUUGAUUGAUGACAUUGUCGACUCUUUCGCUCCUGUCAUUCACAGGAUUGAAUUGGAUGCUGACGCCGUCGAGGAUGAGGUGUUCAUUACUCGAUCCGAUGAUACGCAUGCUUUCCUGCGGAAGAUCGGCAUUCUGCGCAAGAACGUCAUGGGUCUUCUCCGUCUUCUAGGAGGCAAAGCAGAUGUUCUAAAGGGCUUUACCAAGCGUUGCAACGAGAAUUAUCGGGUCACGCCACGGAUGGACAUUGGUCUGUAUCUUGGUGAUAUCCAGGAUCACGUCGUCACCAUGAUGACUAACCUGGGCCACUUUGAGAAGAUCCUCUCGCGCUCCCACAGCAAUUAUCUCGCCCAGCUGUCGAUCGAUAGUAUCAACCAAGGCACCAGGGCCAACGAGGUUCUCAGCAAGAUCACAUUCCUUGCUUCGAUCAUCGUGCCCCUUAAUGUAAUCACCGGCUUGUUCGGCAUGAACGUUCAUGUGCCCUUCCAGGAUACGGAUAAUCUCCACGCAUUCUUCGUCAUUCUGGGGAGUUUGUGCGCGUUCUGUGUUGUUUGCAUUGCUGUUGCUCGGCGCUUUCGCUACAUCUAG